GGCGGUUUUCUGGACGGGGCACGUGACAGGAGGCGCUGGGGCUCUCUGGAGUGCUCUGGCGGGUGGGGUGUGUGGCGAGGUGAGCGUUGCAUUCUGUCCCCCCCGCCCUUUUAGCUCGAACGAGAGAAGAGAGCAGACGCCUACCAUGAAGCAGAAGUGGUUUCUGUGUGCAGCUCUGCUUUUAGCAGGUGCUUCUGCUAUACUGGCACAUGAAGCAGAUGACCAUGACCAUGACCAUAUUCAUGAUGACAAUGAUGUAAUAGAUAUUGAAGAUGACCUUGAAGAUGGUGUAGAAGAGAUAGAGGAAUUGAAGCAUGAAGCCAGCACUCCUCCUCCACUUCCAAAGGUUACCUAUAUGGCCCCAGUCCCAACAGGAGAAGUUUAUUUUGCUGAGAACUUCGACAAAGGAACUUUAGAAGGGUGGGUUCUUUCUAAAGCUAAGAAGGAUGAAACAGAUGAUGAGAUUGCUAAAUAUGAUGGGAAGUGGGAAGUUCAGGAAAUGAAGGAUACCAAACUUCCAGGGGAUAAAGGACUUGUGCUGAUUUCCCGAGCCAAGCAUCAUGCAAUCGCUGCCAAACUUACCAAGCCCUUCAUCUUUGAUACCAAGUCCCUCAUUGUACAGUAUGAAGUCAAUUUCCAAAAUGGAAUUGAGUGUGGUGGUGCAUAUGUGAAGCUGCUUACCAAAACUAAUGAACUGAAUCUGGAUCAAUUCCAUGACAAGACUCCCUAUACAAUCAUGUUUGGCCCAGACAAAUGUGGAGAAGACUAUAAAUUGCACUUCAUCUUCCGGCACAAGAGCCCCAAGACGGGCAAGUAUGAGGAGAAGCACGCAAAGCGUCCUGAUGCAGAUUUGAAGAACUACUUUACUGAUAAGAAGACUCAUCUGUAUACACUGGUUUUGAACCCAGACAACAGCUUUGAAAUCUUAGUUGAUCAAACUGUUGUAAACAGUGGGAAUCUGCUGUCUGAUAUGACCCCUGCUGUGAAUCCUCCACGUGAGAUAGAGGACCCAAAUGACAAGAAGCCAGAGGACUGGGAUGAAAGAGCUAAGAUCCCUGAUCCAGAUGCUGUAAAGCCAGAUGAUUGGGAUGAGGAUGCUCCUGCUAAGAUUCCAGAUGAAGAUGCUGUGAAGCCAGAAGGCUGGUUAGAUGAUGAGCCAGAGUAUGUUGCUGACCCUGAUGCAGAAAAACCAGAGGAUUGGGAUGAAGACAUGGAUGGAGAGUGGGAGGCACCCCAGAUCGCAAAUCCCAAAUGUGAAUCAGCUCCUGGCUGUGGUGUCUGGCAAAGACCCACAAUUGACAAUCCAAACUAUAAAGGCAAAUGGAAACCUCCCAUGAUCGAUAACCCCAGCUACCAGGGCAUUUGGAAGCCAAGGAAGAUUCCAAAUCCAGAUUUCUUUGAAGACUUGGAACCUUUCAGGAUGACCCCCUUUAACGCACUGGGACUGGAGCUGUGGUCUAUGACCUCUGACAUAUUCUUUGAUAACUUCAUCAUCUGUACUGACCGAGCUGUGGCAGAUGACUGGGCUAAUGAUGGCUGGGGUCUGAAGAAGGCAGCUGAUGGUGCUGCUGAGCCUGGAGUAAUGGGUCAGAUGAUAACAGCUGCUGAAGAGCGUCCCUGGCUUUGGGUAGUCUACAGCCUAACUGUAGCUCUGCCUGUAUUUCUCAUUGUCCUCUUCUGCUGCUCGGGAAAGAAACAACCAAGUGCUGCAGAAUACAAAAAGACAGAUGCUCCUCAGCCAGAUGUAAACGAAGAAGAGAAAGUGGAAGAAAAAGACAAGGGAGAAGCAGAGGAUGAAGAGGAAGAAACAAAUGAAGAAAAACCAGAAGAGAAGCAGAGGAGUGAUGGUGAUGCAGAAACUGCUAGUCAAGAGGAAGAGGAGGAGGAAGAGGAAGAGGAAGGUAGUAAACCCAUUACAGAGGAGGAAGAAACUGUGAAUAGGUCCCCCAGAAACAGAAAACCAAGAAGAGAUUGAAAUAUCCUAAGAACUUGAUUAAUUUUCCCCAACAUGUUUUUGGGAGAAGGACCUUGGAUACCUUUUGCUGAAACUCAAAAAACCUCAAGACUUCAUCAUCCACAGGUUCCUGUCAAAUGCUCUCCAGUGUAAAUGAGUGUUUAGCAGUCAAAUAUUUGCAAUUGUGUUUUAAAAUAGAAUAUUCCUGUAGAAGGAGAAUGCAUUUAACACAAUCGAGCUAUGAAUUUCUGGAAUGUUACAAGAACUAACAUUUUUCUUUAUUUUUAAAUAGAAUGAUAGAAUAGCCAGUCUCUCAACUUUGGCUUAAAUUAAUGUAUUAAUCUGUCAAUGGAAAUGAACAGCAAACCUUAAAAAUGCUAGUUAUACAGUUUUUAUAUUUUUUUUCUGUACAAAUGUUUUACAAACAUGGGCACUCUUAAAUCUUAUUUCCCUUAGUUUGAUCAUGUUAAGGGGCCAAUGCCGUUAAAUUAACCAUUUUCACUUCCAUCCAAGACAGGAUAGUUUAAAUCUAUUUAAAGAAUAUCAAGCACUGAAACUUUUCUUCGCAUUCAAGGAAAACCACAAAGAAGCCAUGUAAUACUUAUAUUGGUCAUGGGUACUGCCCAGAAAAAACAGUAUUCACAAUUGACCUGAAUUUUGGAGCAAGUUCUGGUGUAGGGUACCAAGUCUGAGACUGGGUUAUCUUGUUGCUUUAGGCCUUGACUACUUCUUAAUAUGAACUUUAUUUUCCUUGUGUUUGGGUUUUUUUUACAGUCCCCCCCAUGGUUUUUCAACUCCUUCCUGUUCCAGCUUCUGCUACUAUGCAGUUUGUUCAGAAUGCAGCUUAGCUGCUAUAGAAUACAUAUGCUCAGCUCACUGUUAAGUCUGGUGUGUGUGUGGUUUUUUUUAAUCUCAAAAGGUAGAACAAUACCUUUCUGGGGCCAAACACUGUGGACAGGGACAGUGUUGCUAAGUUUUGCAUUGUUUCCAUUGUAUGUACAUUCAUGCACAGAUGAGGCAUAGACAGCCUAACCUAAACAAACUUGCACCAAAAGCAGAUGUCAGUAUUUGUGGCUGAGGAAGGAGUAUGUGAAAACAUACUGGGCAAAUGUAAUAUUUGGAGUCUCAAUCUGCUCUUCAUGUAUCAAACUAUAUUGUGAAUGUAGGGGGGUCCAGAUCCAGCUGAAUAAAUUUUUUAAAAAAUGUGUUGCAUUGAGUAUCUAGCCAUCUAAAACCAUUUUUGUGUGGAAUACAGACUAUCAGUGUAUAGCUCUAAGAAUAAAUUUAUUCUUUUAACAUUGUAUUGGAAGACACUGGGUCAGAGGAAGAGAGUAAAUGUUUUGCUACCUGUUGCCCUCUGCUUACGGGCAAAAUGGUUGUAUGUGCACUGAAUAGGAACACUCAAGGCUUUUACUUGCAGAUAAGAAAUUUUCAGAGUGAGAGCUUUUGCUGCGUGCAAGGGAUGAUUGUCAAACAUUUGAACAGGACCAUAAAUGCACUACGGAACGUUUUGGCUUGAUCAGUGUGUAACUUAAUUCAAACCUGUUUAUCAGUCUAGUUAUGGACCACUUUCCUUUUAGAAACUAAAUUUUAUUCACCUUCUAAGACUUCUAAUUACCAGAUCUUUCCAGAGUAGUGCUGCUGUCCUCACUGGAAGCAACAGCAAGCAUUGCUUGGUUAAUAGCACCUUUUAGCUAUUAAGCAGAUUGCAAAAGGAACUCUUGUCCAUAGCUGCCUGUCAUUUAUUUUCCUAGACAAAGUGACUUGCCAUUGUCAUUUUAACCCCUCAGUUUGUGCUAAUUGUAAAUGUAUUUGAAUGAAUGCUCUCUGCCUUGUGAACAAGCUGUUGUUCCACCAAGGCAAAAAUGGGAAACGUGUUCCUCUUUCUUCAGAGUCCAGAGAAUAAUGAAAUUGACUUUUCUUUUUCAGGUGAAGGUGAUGCUUAAUUUAUAGUUAAAUAUUUGACAUUCACAGGAUCUCUCCAGAAUGCUCUCCUGCUUGCAUGUUUUGGCUUUUUCAUGUCAUUAAAAUUAGAAAAGGCACUACCAUAAUUAUCUUACAAUCUGUUGCUUGAAAUAUGCUAAUUACAAAAAGAAAAACAAUUCACACUGGGCUCAAAGGUGUGUAUCAAGGAAUACAGCACACUGAGAGAGGACAGAUAGAUCAGCUAUUUCUGAAUAAAGCAAGAAUACACAUAUGAAGUCAGUCGCAGCUUCCAAAUGACUGACUUUAUAAAUUUUAUUAAGUUUGAAGAAAACACAUUCUGCUGUUGGAAAUCCCUUAUACUGGCAAUUGAAUUGAUAGUGGGAAAAGCACAGUCCUAGACUGCGUUAAUGACAAAACUUUCCACUCUCAAAUAAGAGAACGUGAAGGUAUUAGACUAUUUUUUAUUAUUUUGGAUAACGAAGUGCAUUCUGGCAUUUCAGAUCCAUCUGUGUUAGUGUGUUGGACAAAAGUUUAGGUGCUUUUAAACAAAACCAUGCACUUCAAUAAAUAAAUGGUCUUUCAUACAUGCAAUCUAGCAUAAAUUUAAAAUGUUCAUACAAAAUGCACUGAUAGUAUAUGUAGAUAUGGACAGGUGAGUCUCAUGCAAUCAGCCUCAAAUGGGGAAAGGUAUCUUGGAUCAAUGUUUGGCUCCAGUUAAGCUGUGGCAGUAAAUAUGGUGCUAAAGAUUAAUUUUUGGCACUGUUCUGCCUUUUCUCCACUAUAGUUUUCUAAAUGCCAGUAUUGCCUACAUAACAGUUUCAGAUGCAAACCCCUCAAGUGUUGGUAUACAAGACUGACUUUCUCAUAAAAGUCCUGACUGUUAUAAACCUAAAGAUGCAGUAUGCAUAUAAAUAUAUUGGUUAAGUUAUAAACAAAUGUAAGCUUACUCUAAUAAAGAAACAUAAAUCACUA